AUUGUUGUCCGUCAAGUUUGGUUGUGGUCGUGGGUUUUCGAAAGUGUUUCGUAUAUUUGGAUAAGAUUGAAACAUUCUUUUUCUUAUUUAUCCACUCUGCCUUGCUUUGAUUUUUUUUUGAGUUAUUCAACUUUAAUAUAUCUCAAAGUUGGUAUCUGCUUUCGCCUAUAGUUUUUUAUUAUAACUUUCUUAGGUGAUGUGAUUGUAGGUCCAAAGUGCGAUUGUGUAUUUGUUAUUAGAGCACUAUUUUGUAACAUCUAAGUGAAUUACUGCCUUUAUAAUGUCUCUAGAAGAUAAGUUCAAUGCAGCAGUCAACGUUAUAAGAAGUUUGCCGAAAAGCGGGUCGUACCAGCCGAGCAAUGAAUUGAUGUUGAGAUUUUAUAGCUACUUCAAGCAAGCCACAGAAGGUCCUUGCGAUAAGCCAAAACCAGGUUUCUGGGACGUAGUGAAUAGAGCCAAGUGGGAGUCAUGGAACAAACUGGGCGACAUGUCACGUGACGAAGCGAUGCAGGCGUAUGUAAACGAAUUGCACAAGAUAGUGGAGACCAUGUCGUAUAGUAACGAUGUAGCGUCGUUCCUUUCGGUAGAUGAAUCGAACAGGGAUCUGGAAUUGGUUGCGGGUGACGUGUUAGCGAGGGUGCGCACGGACCAAGACACGCCUAACGAUUCUUUAUCGGAGAGCGGCGAGUCGUCGCCGGUGCGGGCGGCGUCGCCUGUGCGGACGAAACACGACUCGGACGAUGAAUUUAUCGAUACAGUUGACGUCACUAUUGGUGAACCAGAGCCUGUACAACAACGAACAAUUCCAAGACUCAGCAACGGACACGCGCACCAGAUCACAUCACAGCUAACACAUUUGAAAGUGUUAGAACAAUUGCCCGGUACGCUGGCGAGACUUGAAGCUGACGUCGCGGCAUUACGUAAAGCGGUAGAAGGAGACCGCGCUAUCACACAGCAAGCGGCAAGCGGUUGGCGAUGGCCAUGGCAGGAGUUAAGUCCACCUACCCUCGUGUUCAUGUUCUUGUGGCCUUUUAUCGCUUUCAAAUUGGCAUCAAGGAUGCAAAGGAAUCGAACCAAAUAACGUCGUUACACGUCACAAAGUUAGUUAAGAAUAAGCACUCGACGCCACGUCGGCAACACAAUGGAUACAAAUUGUUAUCCGUAAAGAUGAUCGGAUAUUUUAAUAUCAUUAAUUCUUGGCAACGUGGGUACUUAGAAAAUGUUUAACAAAAAACAUUCAAUGAUUUUUUAUCAGGAACCAUAUUGUGAAAUAAAUGUGAAAUAUCUCUUUUCCUCGAGCGAUUACUAUAUUCGCCACUAAUGAGUUAAAUUUAACUACCUAUAUAAAGAAAUAUUUUUACAAAUAAGCUUGCGCUUAUGUUUUGAGAACACAGUUGAGAGACAAGAUCUUCGAUGGCUCAGUGGAAGUUUACUUACCUGAGCCCCAAUUCUACUACUAUCCUAAUUAUGGCGUUUCAAUAACAUCGGUUUUCGAUUAAAAUUUUCAAAAAUAUAUGUGUAAAAUGUCAUUGUAUUCAUAAAAUUUUACUAGAAUUAGAUAAUACAGUGUUGAAAUACAUGUAAUUGAGACGCCAAUAGCGGAAUUAGGGCGACCACUGGUUUCCAGUCCUGUCUGCUUUUUUAGACUGUAAACAGCUUACUAAAAUAACAAAUGAUAAUCACAAAGAACUAUUUCUUUUUUAUUAUUUAGUUUUCUCAGUACAUACACGUCGCCAUGAUUAUCCUUUUUUAUUCUAAAUAGUUCCAUCUCUUUCUAAUACCAUUUAGAUUGAAAGAGAUAGUUUUAAGUUGAAAGAGCGUUAAGGUAAGGUUAUGCUACCAAUGAAAAAAUGGUUUUAUGCAUUAUAUGUCGUGGAUAUGUUUAAUAUUUUAGUAUCGGGUGUAAAGGCUUGUGAACUUGUCACUAUUUGAUUUAGAUUCAGUGUCGCUGAAUAACUUUCUUAUAUACAGAAACACCAACAACUAGAAGAACUAGAUAAUUAACAUCAUAAAUAAAAACGUUUUUUCUAUGACUUUUGAUAAAUUCUUUACAUUCUGUUUCCUAAAAAAAAUAUAUAUUUUCUUGCUCAAAUGUUAAUAUAAUAAAUAUAAUAAUCUUGAAGAUGCGCAUAGAGUUAUACAGGCAUCAUCGAGAUUACUCGUCGGUCGAAAACAAAAUAGCGUCUAUUUUCGAAAUCCUAAUGCAACUUCAAAGAAACCUAGUUUUCGAUAAUUUAUGAUGCACCAGAGGUAGGACCUGACACUGCCUCUGGCGCAGAGAUAGUCGUCGCGGAUAUGAAUUAAACAAAAUAAUAAGAACUAUUUGAAAUCGCGAAUGUUCGUUCGGACAAAUAGAAUAAGCCCUCAGGUGUCAGUCAAACAUGACACGUAUAAUAAAACGUAAGAGCGCGAGCGUAGCGUCUUCUUUUGUUUAUGAAAAAUUGGUUUUUUUAAAAGUCACGUCAGAAUAUAAAAAAAAAAUUGUUCAAAGUAUUAACUUAUUUUAUUAAACUGGUGGUAGAUAAAUCGUUAUUUAUGAUGUAAGCUAUCUAGUGAGAUUGCUGUGUUUUAUAAAUAAUCCCGUAUAUGAAUACGUUACGUCACGUUAUUAAACGGCAAAAUUAAAUAGUACCUAUUAUUCAUAACAUACAAACGAUAAGAGAGCGUGACCGGGUUUAGUUAGGUUAUAUCAGAAAGUUAUUUGGACUUACACAAUACUACGAAAAAGGAGUAGGCGAUGGAAAAUUAAGAUUCUGUUAGCUGCUUUGCCUAAAGUGAAAAAAGUUCAAUAUUGCAUUUCAUAUUUAGUUCUAAAUUUUAUAAUUAAUUAAUGCAAAGGUUAUUGGUUUGUCUAAAAAAUAGUUUGAUUUUAAUAGGCGUAUUUGAUAUGUGUUGAUUCUCAGAAAAAUAUGUAGAGAUGAAUGAAAAAGUGAUAUUACUCUAUUUUAUUUUCAUUCCAAAUGAAAUUAUUUAUUUUCUGUUAUUUUAUGUGAAUUAUUUUUUUUGUUAUAUAUUUUUAAUUAAAAUUUUCAAAUCUAUUGUCGUGUCGGUGUAUAUGGUAUAUUUCAUUAAAAAUGACGUUAUUAGACGACCACACUUAAACAUUUUUUUUUAAAUAUUAAGUACCUGAGAAUCUUAGUGAUUAAUCCAUAAUUAUAUUAUAAAUGCGUUAGUGGUGUAUCUUUGUUUGCGCAUUCUGAAUCAAAUUAGAACGAGUCCUGUUUUGAUAACUGUAAAGUUUAAAAUAUAACGCAUUUAGUGAAAGUUUCAUUUACAUUCGACAGCGGUCAAAAGCUCGGAUCGCUCAAUGGCGAUUGAAACGUUCUGAUUGAUCGACAUUUGCCGCGCUUCAUAAUUUAUACUCCUGCGCAGGUACAAAAGUUAGUCAUAUGAAUUGUACUGCAAUUAUAUUUGUCUGUCUUUGGCAAAUAUGAUAUUAAUCGAGGCGUGAACAAAUUAAUAUUUUUCUCAGGUAUUUAAAUAUUGGUAUCGUUUAUAUUAUUUUCUUUUCGUCUUUGAUCUCUGUGGAUUGUAAUUGUGGUCUCGUCUUGUUUCCAAAUUCCAUGACCUAAACUAUGGCGCUGUUUUUUUUUUCGCCAAACCAAUAAAUUGUGUUUUACGAAAUAUAUGUAUUUAUAAUUUAUUACACAAGUAUAAAAGCUGGUCGCUAUAGUUAUGUAUGUCUUGCUGUAUGUUAAUUUUGUGAUAAAUUUAAUCUACUUAAUGAGUUAGUUAUUUUAUGAAGUGUAAUAAUUUUGAGUUGAUGUUGAUGUUUCGUACUUUUAUAUAUAGUAACCAAAACACGAUAAAUCGAGAAAAAAUGUUAACUUUUGUAUUUUAAUCUUAGUUCUCUUCUUGAGUUAGGUAGCGUUGUGCAAUAUCAAGAUAAUCGUUCUCGAUAAGAAUUCGUUAAUUUUAGUACUAAAACUUUACUACGUAACCAGAGCCCGUAACAAGCAAGGUUAUGAAUGCAAUUAAAUCGACAUUGAUUUUGAAAAAAAUAUGAAGAAAACACGAUCGGAUCGCGUUUGGGCGUAAUGAAAAAUGUUCAUUGAUUUUAAAAUUUAGUUUUCUUUAUUUAUUAAAAAUAAACAAACGCAAGUAAAAGAAUUAUUUCGAUACGUCACUUACUUUCCGAGAUAUGGAGUUUUAAAGGGAGCGCCCCCCCCACUUACAGCGUAUGACGUCAUAAUAAGCUUCUUUAGAAGUUAAAGAAUAUUUUCAAAAUUUUAUUGUAACCAAAUGUACAAAUACAACCACCAUUGCAUGCCUACUAACAUUCCUUAUUAUAACGUCCCGUCAAAAGGACGCCAAUACAAGUCUCCGUGUAUUAGAAAGUCAAUAAUUAUAGGUACUCGUAUAUGUCAUAAGUAGUACAAAUGUCUUCACGGAAUUAUAUACCUAAAAAGAACGGGUAUUUUUUAACUUAAUGGCUAAUUGAUGAAUAGUUAGAUAAUAUUCUAAAUACACCAGUUCAAUGUAAUUUUGUUCUACUCUAUGUAUAAGUUACAUCUGCUAUAUAAACAUCACGUUAAGUCAAGUUACAAUAUGAAGGGAUAUAUAAUUCAAGGGUUUUAAGAUUAUAUAUUAGUUCUUUUGUAUGUAUUAUUAAUAAUGACGUAUUGGAAAUUGUAUGAUCUUAUGUUUGAAAAUUCUCAUUGAAAAUUCGUCUGUUUAGUUUACCCGAAAAAUACUUGAUAAUCUUAUUGAGUACAUAUAAAAGAACUAUGUGGAUAAUUUAAUAGUUACAUAAGAAUUAUGUGUUAGUGGUGUAUGACAUUACCACAACGUAGUUAAAUGUAAUAUAUUUUAUCAAUUUUGUUAUGUGUAAUUAUUAAAUAAAGGGGGUUUUUACUGAGAUG